AUUCCCGCUCCCGCCGCGCCUCGGGAACGGCCCGGCGUGCGGGGCGGAGGAUGCGGACGGGCCGAGCCGCUGCCGCAGCGACGCGCCGUCCCCGGGGGGCGGGUGCCGGCCGGCCCCGGCGGGCAGGGCGGCCCCGCCGAGGAUGAGCGCGGGCUGCGGGCGGGAACGGCCGCGCAAGAGAGCCCGGACCGGCCCCGGCAGCCCCGGCGGAGCCGCGGAACAGCCGCAGGACGGGCCCGGGGGCAGCCCCCACACCGCCGUGGGGAGCAAAGUUUGCAAACAGCAGACAAUUACCAGUUGGCUGGAGAAUAAAGGACCCAAGACAACGGAGUCCAGAAGCUUACACAGCAAAAGUAAUAACAAUACUGAAACAAAUCCCAAGAUGACUUCAAUUAAAAAAGAGAACUUUUGUGAACAUGAUGUGAAAAAGCUAGAGAGCACUUGUCAGCAAAAUUACACACAAAUGUCUGUGGAAGUUGGUGCAAAGCCUGUAAAUUUGCCUCAGAAGGGGAACAUGUGUAACUGGGAGGCUGAGGACAAAGACGCAGCCUUGGAUACAGAUCCUGUGAAGGGGCCGCAGUCUGGAGACCUCUUUAAAAACGCCAACAUUGAUCAGAUGCACAAAACUGGCAAGCAGGCCCAGAGAGGCUGUGAGGAAAGCAGUGAGAGUUGGACUCAGGGGAAGUUGUCAUCAGACCAGUCUUUGAAAACAGGAAAUACAAAACCUCCUUCCAAAGACAGUGACACAGAUGAACAGGUGGCUUCAUGCAAUUCACAGAAGCUGAAGAGUUGCAAUUCUGUCUGUUUAUUGGGUGAACAAGAGGAAGGGGAUGUAAUUCCAGAAAGUCCACUUUCAGAUGCUGGUUGUGAUGCCUGUAUACCUGAUCUUGGAGGUCCUGGAAAACUGAGCAAGUGUCAGAGCAGUUCAGGGGACUCACCUGCUUUUGAGAAAGAGAGUGAACCAGAGUCACCGAUGGAUGUAGAUAAUUCCAAAAAUAGCUGCCACGGGUCAGAGGCUGAUGAAGAAACAAGUCCAUUUCUGGAUGAGCGAGAGGAGAAUAAUAUGCCAAAAUCCAUAAACAAAUCUUUUAGAAUUCAAUAUGGGGAUGCUGAAUUGGAGUCUAGGAAGUCACGUUUCUCUGCCAAGGUCUGUGGAAGCUUUGAGGAAACAGAUAAUUCUGUUAAGGAGGACGGUCUGCAUACAAAGCCACCUGGAAUCUCUCCUGCUCCGUCAUCAGAAUGCAAAGGUGCAAAACAGGGUGUGAAGAGAGACUCCAAAAUCACCUCUCACUUCAUGAGGAUACCUAAAGUUGAGGAGAAAAGGAAAGAAAAGUGUGAGUUCAAACCGCAGAGGCCAGGAAGGAAGAUUCCUAGAUAUGUGCCACCUCCUCUUCCGAGUAACAGGAAGUGGUUUGGAACACCGAUCGAGGAGAUGAGGAGGAUGCCGACGUGUGGAGCCCGCCUGCCUCACCUGCGCCCCUCUGCCAAUCACACAGUGACCGUCAGGGUAGAUCUUCUGAGGGAAGGAGAGGUACCUAAACCUUUUCCAACUCACUACAAAGACUUGUGGGACAACAAGCAUGUUAAAAUGCCCUGCUCAGAACAAAAUUUAUACCCUGUAGAGGAUGAGAAUGGAGAUAGAACUGCUGGAAGUCGAUGGGAACUAAUCCAAACUGCCUUACUUAACAAAUUUACCUGCUCGCAUGAUUUGAAGGAGGCCAUACUGAGGUACAACGUUGCUUAUUCCAAGAAAUGGGACUUCACAGCUCUUACUGACUUCUGUGAGAAGGUUCUUGAAGAUGCAGAGGCUCAACACCUGUUCCAGUCCAUUCUUCCUGAUAUGGUCAAGCUGGCACUCUGUCUCCCUACUAUCUGCACCCAGCCAAUACCUCUACUGAAACAGAAGAUGAAUCACUCCAUCACCAUGUCACAGGAACAGAUCGCCAGCUUUCUGGCCAAUGCCUUCUUCUGUACUUUUCCACGUCGCAAUGCAAAGAUGAAAUCUGAGUACUCGAGUUAUCCAGACAUUAAUUUCAACAGAUUGUUUGAAGGAAGGUCACCAAGAAAGCCUGAGAAACUUAAGACCCUUUUCUGCUAUUUUAGAAGAGUCACAGAAAAAAAACCUACGGGAUUGGUGACGUUUACAAGGCAGUGUCUCCAGGAAUUUCCAGACUGGGAGAGAUCUCAGAAAAAACUGUCUAGAUUGCAUGUCACCUAUGAAGGCACCAUCGAAAGCAAUGGACAAGGUAUGCUACAGGUUGAUUUUGCAAACCGUUUUGUUGGAGGUGGUGUGACCGGGGCAGGACUAGUGCAAGAAGAAAUUCGGUUUUUAAUCAAUCCAGAACUGAUUGUAUCAAGGCUCAUCACUGAAGUCUUGGAUCAUAAUGAAUGUCUUAUCAUCACAGGUACUGAGCAGUACAGUGAGUAUACAGGCUAUGCAGAAACUUACCGGUGGGCAAGAAGCCAUGAAGAUAAGACCCCAAGGGAUGAAUGGCAACGCCGCCACACUGAAAUUGUUGCUAUAGAUGCAUUUCACUUCAGACGUUUCCUUGAUCAGUUUAGUCCGGAGAAAAUUAGAAGAGAGCUCAACAAGGCCUACUGUGGCUUCUGUCGACCCAAUGUUCCACCUCAACACCUCUCUGCAAUAGCCACAGGGAACUGGGGAUGUGGUGCCUUUGGAGGGGACUCCCGAUUAAAAGCCUUAAUACAGAUACUGGCAGCUGCUGAGGCUGGACGUGAUGUUGUUUAUUUUACCUUUGGAGAUGUGGAGCUGAUGCGGGAUAUUUACAGCAUGCAUACUUUUCUCUGUGAGAAGGGCCAAACUAUUGGGGACAUUUAUAGGCUGUUGCUGAGAUACUACAAUGAAGAAUGCAGAAACUGUUCCACUUCAGGACCAGAUGUCAAGCUGUACUCAUUCAUAUACAACACCAUUGAGUCCUAUGCAGAUUCUACUGAUGAUGAUGAAGAAAAAGGGUUGUGCUUUGAAGAUUAAAAUAAAUGUGUCUGAUCAGAAUAAUGUUUAUCUCCUCCCACUGGUAUAUUGUGUGAAAUGCUGGACAUAAUGAAUGAGCUGGCUUAACUCAAUCUAUAUUGACUCCAUUGGUAGUUAGGUAUAACAUUCAAACAAAAAAACUACAAACACCUUUGAGAGACCAGAUUUAUUUGUUUGGUUUCAUACAUGAAAAUCUUGUUCAUGUGUGUACAGAAAAAAUUUCUUUGAUAAGUCUGAAUUGCGUUAUACCUUGUUAAGUAGAAUAUUUUGGUACACGUGUAUUUCACUCACAAGAUUGCUGAAAGACUUCAGAAUAUUUCCCUGUACUCCUUUGCCUUUAUUUUUCAGAACUCUUGUGUAGAUUCCUUAUGUGGGCUCAGAGCUGGAGUGCAGGCAGCCAUGGAACUCUGGGAUGAUGUCAGAGAGAAGCGUUGUAAUGAUUGUUCUUGCUGAAAAUUGUCAUAAUCCUUAAGACUGCCACGGUGCCAUCAGUGUUCUUACCAAAGUUUUCGGUUUUUUAACUUAAAAUGUCCUGGGUUUAAUCUAUUUUUUUAAUAAAUGGUUAAAAAUGGGAAGAUUCUGGAGGAGUUAUAAUGCAUUUCACAACUGCAUGGUCUUUAUCAAAUCAGGCAUAAAGGUUAGCAUGAAGAGGUAGAGAAAAAAUGAAGUUUGGGAGAGUGGGAAAAUGAGAAAUGUGACCAAAGCAAAGGGAAACAUUUUCAAGUGAAAUUGUUCAAUACCAUUUUGUUGGUGCUAUCUGUUACCACAUUGAACAAGGUCUUAGUCUAUUUGAAGUUUCUCAAGGUUCAGUGCUGCUGCUGAUAUUUGAAUUAAGGUCUGUUGAUUGUGUUUAUAUUGUCAUAUCAGUUCUCCUUUAUCGCAGAGUGCACAUAUGUGAGUGUAAGAUCCCCAUGGGAUAACGUGAGUGAGGAAACAAAUCACAUAUCAGUGGGAGGAAAGUCUGCAGGCUACAGAUAAGGACAUGAAGUCUUGUUAGGAGUUUGCACCUGUGUCAUUUUAGACAUGGGAAUGGUAACAGCGUCUACUACAGAUGUGUAAAAACUGUGCUGUUACUACCUAUGAAUACCAAAUUAGUGUUGCUGUAGUACAUUGAUAGUUUACAAAAAACUGCAGAUACAUCUGUGAUGAAACUUUUUCAGGUCUAUGUACAGGGCCAAUCCAGUGAGACUUGUCUAUUAGUAGUUUAAGCUCGGAUUAAGCCCAAAUUCCUCAGUUUAGCCUCUUCUGUGUUAGACUUUCAGGUCUGUUAUGGUUGCUGUCACAAGUUAGCAAUACAAGUAAAUACAAGUAAAAUACAAGUAAAGCUGCAGCAGGAAAUGUAGUGACCUAAGCCUCUAAUAUUGAUGAAUCCUUUUGGCUUAUGUCAGAUAAAACUUCUCCAAGCCUCAAAGACACCGUGGUAAUUAAAUGCUGGAAGCUGUUGGCAGUCUGGCUCACAAUAAAGCACUCACUGAGCAGUUCUGGGGGAAGCAGUAAGAAAGAGUUUGGGUUGUUUAUAAACACCUUAGAGUGCUGUACCUUGGCAUUAAUCCUAAGUGGGGGGAGGUGAUGGACACAGCAGUUUAAGGGUUUUUUUCUCCUGUUCUUCCCACCAGCUGUAGUUUUCUCCACCCCUCUCCAUUAUAAGGAAAAGAUCUGGGCUAGAAUUUCAGGCUUUUUUCUGUGUUUGCAAUCUGUGUCCUCAGAUUUAGCAGAAAUCCUCCUCCUGAUGUUUCAGUGUUGGCUCAGAUUCUGGUAAUAGGCAUAACAGUGUUUUAUUAGCUGUUUAGAUCUUAUUUGGGCAUUUAGGUUAAACUAGGAUAGUGCUUCUAGAUGCAUUGCCAGAUGAUAAAUGUACCCUAUUAAUUAUGACAAGUGAUGGAAAACUGGUGCUAUCUGCCAAACCUUCUUUACCUUACUACUCAGGAUUUCCUAUAAGAAGAGAUAAACAGAAUUUGUUCCUAAACAACUGGAAAAAACAGCAAAAAGCUUUAGGUGGCUAGAUAUGACCUCCCUUUUAUUGUAGCUAAAUGCAUUUUUAUUAGUGCAAUAUUAAUUUUCUUUGUAAGAAGUGGUUGGUCAGGUAUGAAAAAUGUACCAAAAUAUGGUGGAAUGAAAUUUUGCUUCAACUCUGGAAACAGAAAAAUUUAGAUUUGGAAAGAUUCUCUGAUGAUCAUAUUAGAGGAAUUCAGUUGAAAGAGUUCUUGCAGUGUCAAGUGCUUCCUUGAUAAUCCUAGUCUUUUUAUGCAGUCUGUAGUUUCAGUGAUACUGAGAAUUUUCUAAUAUGGGGAAGAAAGCUUUUGUUUGAGAUCAUUCAUUAGGAUACCAUAUGUUUUUUCUUUUCCCUUAUGAAUUAUGUUUGUGUGGACAGGACGAGAGGAAAAUAACUCAUUUACUGUGUUGUCUGAAUAAGAGUGACAUAUCCUGCAUCUUGUGGUAUGUUCCUGAUCUUGAAAUGGGCAAUGUUGCAAGAAGGCUUUGACUAUGACUUCAAUCACAGGCAGGCUGAAGAAUUUAUUUUUCUUGGGUUUUGGGGGGGUUGGAGUUUCUUUUGUGUUUUGUUUGGUUUUUUGG